AUGUCUGGUGGCCACCUUCAGCAUUCAGACUUGGAGAGGAUAUUUUUGAGGUUGGACGUCAAUGGCGACGGCCGUCUAUCCAUUGAUGAACUAGUUUGGCUCCUUGACAAGGUUGGUGGCCACAUUGUCCCAGGCGACCUGGAAGAGAUUGUGGGAGAAAAGAGCCUAGACUUAGAAGAAUUCAUCCUCUUCUGCAAGUCGAUAUCUGAUCCAGUCGAGGAAGCAGAUGAAGACUUGAUGCAGGCAUUCAAGGUGUUCGACCUGAACAAUGAUGGGUUCAUUUCUUGUGAGGAGCUUCAGAGCGUGCUGGUGAGACUUGGGCUGUGGUCGGAGAACGACGGAGGCUGCGAGCAGAUUGUUUGCAGGUUUGACACAAACUCGGACGGGCAGCUUGAUUUCGAGGAGUUCAAGCAGAUGAUGUUGCUCUCCAUUACAUGA